CCAAAUUCAGCAUAUUCAUUUUCUCAGCUCCCAAACACUUUGGUAUAACUACUAUUCUUCUUCUUUAUAUUUAUAUAUAAUAUAUUUAUUAUAAAGUUUGUCACUUGACCUAUAGACGAAGACUACACAUACAUAAAUAGACCUCUCUCUCUCACACACAUAUAGAAAUAUAUAUAUAUAUUAUAUAUUUUAUUUUCCCUCAUAUAUUUUCCGUUACUUUCUCACCUCCCAAACACUCUUCAUUCAUACUGGGAAAAUGGGGUCAAAUAAUAAUGAUAAUAGUAAAAAUGGUGGAGAAUUAGAAGAGAGGCUUUUGGAGAAUGAGAUUGAAAUUAAUGAAGGUGAUUUGAAAUGGAGAGUUUGGAGAGAAAUGAAGUUAAUUUGGAAAAUAGCAUUUCCUUCAAUGUUGGCUAGAACGACGUCGUUUGGUGUACUCGUUGUGACUCAGUCAUUUCUCGGUCACGUCGCUGAGUUGGAUCUCGCCGCUUUUGCUCUUGUUCAAACCCUUUUCCUCCGUUUCAUUAAUGGCAUUAUUUUGGGAAUGUCAAGUGCAACCGAAACCCUAUGUGGCCAAGCAUAUGGAGCAAAACAAUACCACAUGAUGGGAAUUUACUUACAAAGAUCAUGGAUUGUCAACAUCAUCACCGCGACGAUAACUUUCCCUCUCUUCAUUUUCUCAUCACAAAUCCUUAGAGCGCUAGGCGAGGAAGAAGAUAUUGCCGUUGCAACGGGGCAAAUCUCGAUAUGGUGCAUACCAUAUCUCUAUUACUUCGUGUUUAGUUUCACUAUCCAAAUGUACCUUCAAGCUCAACUCAAGAAUAUGGUGGUUGGUUGGCUUUCGGCCUCAUCAUUCGUGCUUCACGUGCUGUUGUCGUGGUUUUUCGUGUACAAGCUCAAUUGGGGUGUGGCCGGUGCUCUUGGUGGCUUAAAUAUCGCGAGUUGGGCUUCGGUUAUUGGACAAUUCAUCUACAUUUUUGGAGGUUGGUGUCCAAACUCUUGGAAAGGUUUCACUACUGCUGCUUUUAGUGAUAUGUGGCCUGUUGUAAAGCUAUCAGUGUCAUCUGGCCUUAUGUUGUGUUUGGAGUUAUGGUACAAUUCGAUUCUGGUGUUAUUAGCUGGAUAUAUGAAAGAUGCAACAACUGCCAUCUCUGCUUUCUCUAUUUGUCUCAAUAUUUCAGCUUGGGAGUUCAUGAUUUGCUUGGGAUUUUUAGGUGCUGCAUGUGUUCGAGUAUCGAACGAGCUAGGGCGGGGAAAUGCAAAAGCAGCGAAAUUUGCAAUAAAAGUGAUUAUGGGGACAUCCAUUGUGAUAGGAGUUAUCUCUUGGAUUUUGUGUUUGAUAUUUGGUCGACAAAUUUCUUAUAUUUUUACAGAUGAUGAAAAGGUGGCUGAUGCUGUAGCAGAUCUCUCUGUUCUACUUGCCUUUUCCAUCUUAUUAAAUAGUAUUUAUCCAGUUCUAUCAGGUGUGGCUGUUGGUGCUGGUUUACAAGGAACAGUUGCUAUAGUAAAUAUAUUUUGCUAUUAUUUGAUUGGGAUACCAUUGGGAGUUGUUCUUGCUUAUGUGAUAAAUCUUGAAGUAAAGGGAUUGUGGAUUGGAAUGUUGUGUGGAGUAUUAGCACAAACAAUUACACUUUCGAUUAUUACAUGGAAAACAGAUUGGGAUCUUCAGGUCCGAAAGGCAUCUGAACGACUUAACCGAUGGUUCUUGAAGCCCGAUGAUGAACUCAGUUAAUUAGCAUUAAACAUAUUUAAAUUUUAUGCUAUUGAAGCCCUCAUAUGUCAUAACUUCAUCUUUUAAAAUAUAUUGCACACAUAAAUUUUGGUUUA